UUCUUUGUCUGUAUCUGUUGUUAAGUUAGGUUAUGUUUUCUUGCAGAAAUGUUUGUUUAGUGGUGUUUCUUUAAGUUUUAAAAUGUGUGAUAUGUUAAAAGAAUUGCGCGAGAAAUCGCGUAAAAGAAAACAACUUUUGGCACAAACUUUAGGAGUAUCUGGUGCAGAAGAAUUGCGACAAGUUUUAGGUACGGGAGAAGUGCCAGUCAAAAAAAUCGACACAAAAGACAGUACCAGCAACACGGACAACGAAAAAUAUGAAUACAAACAAGAUGCAUAUGAUGAAUUAGUUUACAGAGAUUCUUCAACAUUUCUAAAGGGAACACAAUCAUCAAACCCUCACAAUGAUUAUUGUCAACAUUUUGUGGAUACUGGUCAAAGACCUCAAAACUUCAUUCGGGAUGUGGGGCUUGCAGAUAGGUUUGAGGAGUAUCCCAAGCUCAGGGAACUGAUUAAACUCAAAGAUGAAUUAAUACAACAAACUGCAACUCCACCCAUGUAUUUAAAAUGUGAUCUUUCCACAUAUGAUCUCAAAAAUAUUAAUUCAAAAUUUGAUGUUAUUCUAAUUGAACCACCUUUGGAGGAAUAUCAAAGGACUAUGGGAGCUACCAAUAUGCAGUUCUGGUCUUGGGAUCAAAUUAUGAAUUUAGAUGUUGGUGAAGUGGCGGCUCAAAGAAGUUUCGUCUUCUUGUGGUGUGGCAGCUCAGAUGGUCUUGACAUGGGCAGAGUUUGUCUUAGGAAAUGGGGGUUCAGAAGAUGUGAAGACAUUUGUUGGAUAAGAACGAACAUAAAAAACCCGGGUCACUCGAAAAAUCUCGAUCCAAAAGCUGUAUUUCAGCGCACAAAAGAACAUUGCCUGAUGGGCAUCAAAGGCACAGUGCGUCGUUCAACCGACGGCGACUUUAUACACGCAAACGUAGACAUCGAUCUCAUAAUAUCCGAGGAGAACGAGUACGGCAGUCUGGAAAAACCGGUGGAAAUCUUUCACAUAAUCGAGCACUUUUGCUUGGGAAGAAGACGUCUGCACAUUUUCGGCAGGGACAGCACAAUCCGGCCGGGUUGGUUAACGAUCGGUCCGGAGCUUACCAAUUCGAAUUUCAUGGCGGAUUUAUAUGCUAGCUAUUUCGCCAAUAGCAAUACUACGACCGGUUGCACGGAAAGGAUCGAGGCGUUGAGACCGAAAAGUCCUCCUCCAAAGGGGAAAGGGAACGCCGGUCAAAGAGGCAGAGGCAACUUCCAGCGUGGAAGGGGCAGGGGACGAUAAUUAUAUAUUAAUUUGUCUGUUUGUAAUAAAUAUUUUGCAUUAAAAU